GCGCCUACUCUCGGCUCCGCCACCUCCGUGGCCCCGACACCAAAUGAAACUGGCCGCGAUGAUUAAGAAGAUGUGUCCUAGUGACUCGGAGCUGAGUAUUCCGGCCAAGAACUGUUACCGCAUGGUCAUCCUCGGUUCGUCCAAGGUGGGCAAGACGGCCAUCGUGUCGCGCUUCCUCACGGGCCGCUUCGAGGACACCUACACGCCCACCAUCGAGGACUUCCACCGCAAGUUCUACUCCAUCCGCGGUGAGGUCUACCAGCUGGACAUCCUCGACACGUCUGGCAAUCACCCAUUCCCCGCUAUGCGGCGCCUCUCCAUCCUCACAGGAGACGUUUUCAUCCUAGUGUUCAGCCUAGACAACCGCGACUCCUUCGAGGAGGUACAGAGGCUCAAGCAGCAGAUACUUGACACAAAGUCUUGCCUCAAAAACAAAACCAAGGAAAACGUAGACGUGCCCCUGGUCAUCUGCGGUAAUAAGGGUGACCGGGACUUCUACCGCGAAGUGGAGCAACGCGAGAUCGAGCAGCUGGUGGGCAACGAACCCCAGCGCUGCGCCUACUUCGAGAUCUCCGCUAAGAAGAAUAGCUGCCUGGACCAGAUGUUCCGGGCGCUCUUCUCCAUGGCCAAGCUGCCAAGCGAGAUGAGCCCAGACCUGCACCGUAAGGUGUCGGUUCAGUACUGCGACGUCUUGCACAAGAAGGCGCUGCGCAGCAAGAAGCUGCUGCGCGCUAGCGGCGGCAACGACCCCGGCGAGGCCUUUGGCAUAGUGGCGCCCUUCGCGCGCAGGCCCAGCGUGCACAGCGACCUCAUGUAUAUUCGUGAGAAGGCCAGCGGCUGUGGCCAAGCUAAGGACAAGGAGCGCUGCGUUAUCAGCUAGGAGCCUCCUCCGCACCCGCCAUGACACAUAAGGAGAAACUUUUUAAAGUAAAAUCC